AUGGAUCAUCAGGAUACCAAUGGUGUACACCCCACAGCUCCAUUGAAAUGCGAACUAAAAACCUGGCAUACCCGUGAAGAUGGAAAGGGCAACAAAGUUCGCACUCCUGUGCAGGGUACGGAUGCGUUGCGACCUGACAAUGACUCUUCCAGUCAUGCCUUGGUUCUUGAGAGAGGGUUCGACAAAAAGAGUCAGCUGCUUUGGACUACACUCACCGUCAACUCCCCCCACAUACUCAAGGCUCUCAGGGACGCUGUAGGCCGCUACCCAACAGUUCCUUCCGACUUUACGGAAUCAUUUACCAUGUCGAGCCCAUUUCAGAUGCUCUAUCAUCACUGGGAAGAUUUGCACGCUUAUAAGACGACCCUCGAAGACGGGGAAGAUGAUGCAAGGAUGCACCUGAAUUUACUCUUUGGAUUCAUGGAGUCAGAGAUGGGCGAUUCUAAAAGAGCAAUCGAGAAGCAAUUCGCCAGCGGCUAUUGCGAUUAUGACAAUCUCUGGCUCAUAUUCAAGCCUGGUGCUCUGGCUAUUACCCAUUUCAAAUCUCAUCCAUGGUUGAUGAGAGUUACCAAAACCGCGUACGAGGAGAAUGCCCGAGACGGAAAGUGGCUAGAGGUGCAUACUGUAUACACUGGUCAUGAUGGGAAAAAUCCCGGCGAGACAAAGCACAUCAUCAAGGUGAAACAGAAGGAAUCCUUUGCCCAGGGGCAUCCCGAGCGCAUCCUCAAUCUCCCAGUCUACCCGCGCAAGUAUCAUACCGAGGGUGAGGCACUGGAAGAGCGUCUGCGUUCCAGGGGCGAGAGGUUUAUCUCACUCAGCGGCAGAAACUCCAUUCAAAACUAUGAUGGAGCUGCCGAAUAUCUCAAAGAAGCGCCCCCUGACUUUUACGACCCUAAUGAAGCGAGCACCUGGCAAGUAUGGCGCUCGUAUGCAGAGAAAGGCCGGAUUGUCCUGGACUUGAGCUCUUUUCAUGAAGAGAACCGUGGCAUGACCAUAUCAGCCCCACAGGACGAGUCGACAACAGACACGGCAAUGUGUCCCCCAUACGUUUUUGGGUUCUCGUGCGGUCGUAAAGACUGGGGCCGUUUCCUGGUGUCCAUCGUACGAGAAGCAAGUUGGAAACCGGACCCCUUUUCUUCUCUCGAAGUGCCAAGUAAUCAAAAGAUGCUGGUUCAGGCUCUAGUCUCGUCCCACGAUUUUCCAGGCAACGAUCGCGACAGGAAUGAGCAAAAAGGAAAGGGACUCGUCUUCCUUCUCCAUGGUCCACCUGGUGCCGGAAAGACAUUGACUGCCGAGUGCGCCGCCGAGCUGUCACACAGGGCCCUGUUCAGCUGUUCCAUGUCAGAACUAAACAAGUACAACAGCGCGUGGUAUUUUGAGCAUCGUCUUGCCCAAGUUUUGCGGCUCGCAACUGCUUGGAAGGCCGUCGUGCUUCUUGAUGAGGCCGACGUCUUUCUUGAAGCUAGACGGGAUGACUCGGCCGCGGAUGGGGAGCGUAAUGCUCUUGUCGCAGUAUUCCUGCGACAUCUUGAAUACUUUUCAGGCAUCGUGUUUCUCACCACGAACCGGAUUCAUGUUUUUGAUGAUGCAAUGAAGUCAAGAAUCCACUUGGCAAUUGGAUUCAAUGCCCCAGGCACAGCUGCACGACGCGCGAUAUGGAGCCGCAAUAUCCAACAACUUCCAAAGGAUCAGGUAGAUCCCAAUGUUGAGGAGGCGCUCGAUCGACUGGCUGCUGAAGAGUUAAAUGGUCGCGAGAUUGCAAACACUCUGACAACAGCGAACACAUUUGCUCGUUUUAGCAAAGAGCCACUCGGAAUCCAGCAUAUCGAAACAGUCAUGGUUGUGCGUAGAGACUUUGAAAACAUAUUGAAGAAGGGGAACCCGGCAUAG